AUGAAAAUUAUUAUGAUCCUACUUUUGAUUUCAAUUUCCUAUGUGUUCGCAGGAACCCUAACAAAGACAGAUGCGUGCAUUUGCAAACAAAUUUUGAGUUAAAAUGAUUGUACUUCAUAAAAUGAUUGUCAAUGGAAUAGUGCAUCUGGUCUUUGUGAAACUCGUAAAUCAACUGAUAUCGAAUCCUACUGUUCUCAGAGCACCACCUGUCCUAUUACAGGUUGUGCAUUCUACAAUAAAAAGUGUAAACCAUUUAGCGGUUGUACAGUUUAUAUCGCUACAACACACGCUGAUUGUCAGGCUAUCUCACCCUUAUGUACAAGCAAUGGAGAAAAGUGUAUAAACGUAAGUGCAACUUGUGAGGAGUAUCUGGUUUAAAUAGCCUGUCAAAUUAACACUUAACAGUAUCCUUGUUUUUGGGAUAGUUAGAAUAGUAAAUGCUAAGAGAUUGCAUCAUGUGAUCAAUUUCCAACAACUUAUGAUUCACAUGAAAAAUGUUAAUCCAUGGGAGUACUUAAAUCAAUUAAAUGCACAGCCAAAGAAACAGGUGGUUGCAUCAACAUUGAAGAUGAUUGUACUAAAUACACAGAAAAGGGUUGUGUUGUAAAUUCUUUGGGGAAUUCAUGUUUUUGGGAUAAUGCAGCAUGUAAAGAGAAAACAUGUGUCAAUGCUCCAACAACAUACAAUACUUAAGCACAAUGCAAAUAAUAUAUGAGCACAUGCUCAGUGAAUGAGAAUAUGGCUGGCUGUAUAGACAGUCCUUCAUCAUGUGAAAAUUACACUAAAGAAGGUUAAUGUGUGUCUGUUAAUGGAUCAAUCUGUUUUUGGUUUUCAAUAACUUGCACUGAAGGAUAAUAAAAUUGCACUGCAAGUUCAGGAUGUAAGGUUUGGUCAUGUGAAAAUGCAUUGAGCACUACUAACACAGAUUUAUUAUGCUCGUAAUUUAAGAGUGAAUGUACUGUGAAUGCAACAAAUACUGGAUGUAUUAAAAGGGCAACUACUUGUAAUUUGUAUACAACAUAAAAUUAAUGUAUAAAGACAUUAGAUGAAUCUCAGAGAUGUUAUUGGAAUGGUACAGGUUGUGUAAGUAUGAGUUGUACCAAUGCUGCCUUAACUACUUAUAAUGAAUCCAAUUGUAGUAAAUUUAUGCCAACAUGCACAUUAGUCAAUGAUAAAUGUGGAGUCAGAACUUGUAAUACAUACCCAACAGAAAAGUUAUGCAGUAUAGAUUAUUAGAAUAAAUAAUGUGUUUGGAGUGGAUCUUGUGUCUUAAGAACAUGUCAAAAUGCAGGAGAUGAAUACAAUACUCAUAAUGAAUGUCAGUCUUGGUUGACGAGUUGUACAGUGUAGAAUGACUUAACUGGUUGUUAGACCUAAGAAUUAACUUGUGCUAAAUAUUUGAAAUAGGAAUAAUGUUAUAUGGCUAAUAAUAAUGCUAUUUAAUGUUUGUGGAUAGAUAGUAAAUGUGUUUAAAAGACAUGUAUUACUGCUAGUACAUUGAUAUCAACUGAUGAGGAAUGUAAUUUUUAUUUAGGAGGAUGUAUGAUAAACAAUAAUCAUGCUGGUUGUGUUGCCAGGAAAACUAAGUGCAGCGAUUUGCUUUAAUUUUAAUGCACAUUCACAUUAUCAGGUUAAUUAUGUUUUUGGGAUGGAACUUAAUGUGUGGACAGGUAAUGUACAUAAGCCAAAUAUAAUACUUAUAGGGCUUGCACAACAUUUUUAUCAUCUUGUACUGUUAGUUACACAGGUACAAACUUUGAUGGAUGUACUAGUAAAUAAUAAUAUUGUUCUGAAUAUCAAUUUGAAUAGAAUUGUAUAGAGAGUUUAACAGAAGGCAAAUGCAUUUGGAAUAAAAAGGGAUCUCCUAAUUUAUGCGAAACGAGAAAUUGCUUCAAUUCAGAUUAAACAACAUCUGAUGCCGCUUGUAAUAAUCAUCUUAAUACUUGUACUGUAAAUGCUUCUAAAACUGGUUGCAUUGAGAGAUAUGAUAAAUGUUCCUUAUUUACAAGUCAAAUUAAUUGUGUCAAAAAUUUAACAGGAGGAGAAUGUUUAUGGUACAAUAACACAUGUACAGAUAGAACUUGUGAUAAAGCAGAUAAAACAUUUACAACCCAUGAUGGUUGUUAAACUUACAGCAGUAAAUGCACAACUAAUGGAAAAGGUUGCAUAAACAUUGAUAUAUGUACUUCAUAUAAUUUAAAGUCUGGAUGUAUAAUAGAUAAGAAUAAUCGUAAUUGUGCAUUCCAACCUAGUUGCAAUGUAUUAUAAUGCUCAGAUGCUCCUUAAUCAUAUUCAACUGACUAAGAUUGCACGAAUUUCAAAAGUGAAUGCACCACCAAUGGAAGUGGUUGUGUUCUUAGAACAACUUGUACAGAUGCAUAUAUCUAAGAAGCUUGUGUUACAGAUUCAUCGAAUAAUAAGUGUGCAUGGAUCAAUAAUAGAUGUGUAAAUUUUGGAUGCAGCAGUGCUCCAAGUAAAUAUGUGACAGAAAAGGAAUGCCAACUGUAUAAAUAGGGUUGUACAGUAAAUCAAUCAGGUGGAUGCAUUUAAAAGGGAACUUGCAAAGAUGCUAAAAUAUAGGCAGCAUGUACAACUGAUAAAAAUGGAAACGAAUGUGAAUUCUCUGCUGCUGGAUGUAGAGAUAAGGUUUGUAGUGAUUACACUUUUACAACUCAUAAAGAAUGUUAAGCAGCCAAAAGUAUAUGUACUACAGAUGGAACCAAAUGUGUCAAUUAAUAAAAUUGUAGUCUAAAAACAAAGAGUGGAUGUUUCUAUGGAAGUGAUGGACCAUGUUUAUGGAUUAACAAUGCUUGUUAUGCUUAUACAUCAUGUUAAUCACUUGUAUUUAGUGAUCACACUUCCUGUUAUUCUUUCAGUAAUGAAUGCACAACUGAUGGAUUUUAGGCAGCAUCAAGUUGUUAUCAAGGUACAGAUGGUCGAUGUGUCUAUUCUCCUGAUUCUUUGAAUGGAUAAAGUAAAUGCAAAGUAUAUGAUGGAUGCAAAUCUGCCUUUUUCAAUACUCAUGUGCAAUGUUAACUUGUAGAUGCCACUUGCACAACUGAUGAAGCCAGUUGUAUUGAUCUAUAAGAUUGUACAUUAUAUACAAAAUAAAGUACAUGUAAUAUAGAUUAAAAGAAGAACAAAUGCUACUAUGAUGAUAAAGAAAAGAAGUGUGUUGAAUUAGAGUGCAAAUAUAUAACAUUAACAACUCACCAAGAAUGCAAUGAUCAAUUAUCCACUUGCACUUCAGAUAAUACUAAAUGUAUUAGUAUGGGUAAGUGUGAAACCUAUGCUAAAGAUUACUGCAACACUUCAUUAGGAACAGAUGGCAAAUGUUUAUACGAUCCAAAUGUUCGCAAAUGUCGUCUUGCAUUAUGCACAGAAUUAAAUAAUUCUUGCUCUUAAAUAUCUAAUUGUGUGGACAGUGGCAUCGGAUGUGUUGUCAAAGCAACUUGUGAUAAAUAUGAAACUGAAAUCGCAUGUAAAUAAGGAGGAUCCGAUGGUUUAUGCGUAUGGUAUUUAAACAAUGGAGAAGGAGCUUGUAAACUAAUGACAUCUUGUUCUGAUGGCUCAUCCAACAAAGAAGUUUGUACUUAGAAAUCAUGGAACUGUUAAUGGACUGAAACAUCCACUUAAACUGCCUGUGCUUAACACACUUGCUCAUCCAAAUAUAAAGAAACUGGAAUUUGUCAACCUAUUUUAGAUUUCGAAUAAAAGAACUAUGAAUUAUGUGCCUUGACCACAGUUCCUAAUGUAUUUCCAUGGAAUUUGCAUCAUUAAUAGAAAGUAAUUGCUUCUAGGCAACAGCAUAUACUUACACCUGGGAUUCUGCUAAUUCUAAAUGCUUAAAAUGUGGAACCACUUUUACAAACAACACUAAUAAUCAAAGUAACAAUUCCAAUAAUGAUACCAACUAGACGGACACCAACAGUCAAUCCCCAAUAUUAUUUACAUUCAUCAUUAUGA